AUCCGACCCGUACUGAAUCCCAUCGACUAACCCUUCCGGUGCUAUCUCGCCAUCUUUUCGCCAGAACCGCACCCCCGUGUUCCCGUGGAGCGACCCAUUAGACCACACCGCGACUGUUACAUAUUGGUAACUUAUAAAUCUCGGCUACGCGUCGCGCACAUGCGCUUUCAUCCUGGGCUCCUCCCGUAUACCCUACCCUGGCCCCGUCCUCAUGCCGCAUGGAAAGACGUCGAGUUUUGAGUGGCGCAUCCGCGUCGCAUCGCCGACGGAGGUCAAGGGCGACGAGGAGCAAAUAUUCCGCCCCUCGCGUACGCGCCGCUUUGCAUCCCUAGCUGCCCGCGCGCUCGCCGCCCUCGUCCUCGCCACCGUCGCCAUCGUCUUCUUCCGCGCAGGAGUGAACACGCCGACCGGCCGCACGACCUCUGACGCCCUCGAGCAGUGGCUCAAUGCACAUGCCGACGCCCCUACGAUCACCGAAGCCUCCAUCUCCACGCCUACCGACAACCACCAGCCCGACACACACCAGCCCGCUGAACACCCCAUCCAGCGCCUCAUCACUGACGCACAAGAUCGCUUCGCGCAAAAGCUCGCACGUCAGAGCCAGACGCUGCCAGAGGCUGUCACCGAGUACGAGCGCCGCUAUGGCCGCCGGCCGCCUAAGGGCUUCAAUCACUGGUGGGCGUACGCGCGCGACCGCGACUUCGUCAUGAUGGACGAGUUCGACGCGAUCGACGAGGACCUCGCGCCGUUCUGGAAUAUAUCUGGCGCGGAGCUUCGUGCGCGCGCUGCACUCGCGGGAUUGUUGCCGUCUGCUAGUCUGGUGUCCAUCCGGGAUGGAAGGGUGGUCCAUGAACGCAAGCCUGAGGGGACAUACCAGAAGAACGAACCGAACGAUCGCGCGCGUGGGUUUGGUGCAAUCCUGGAUAGGUUCGCACGGCAGCUGCCCAAUAUGACCUUUGCGGUGAAUGCGAUGGCGGAGGGGAUGGUCUUGGUCCCUUGGGAGCAGCGCCACGACAAUGCGAGCCUCAGCGCGGAGAGCUUGGGCAUCCACGCGGAUAUGCAUCCUGGUUGGGCGGACGGAGGCAACGUUUGGGAGGCCUGGCGCCGCACCUGUAAGCCCACCGAUCCCGCGCGCCGACCAUCCAGCGACACCCACGAGCCUCGAGCCCUCAUAGACACCCACGUUACCGAGCUCACUUUUGCGCCCAACUCGCCUUCGGUGAUCGAUUUCUGCUCAUACCCGGAUGCCCACCUCACCCAAGGUCUCUUCUUCUCUGACUGGCGCACCAUCCCCGCGCUUUUGCCUAUCCUGACGCCCGCACGAUCGCCCGGGGCAUCCGAUAUACGCAUACCGAGCCACUACUACUAUGGUGGCUCGGAGCACUAUACGUACGCCUGGGACCCCGAGAGGCGUGUCCAGAACGAGACCGACGCAAUGGAAGUACCUUGGGAGGACAAGAGCUCCCGCUUCUUUUGGCGCGGCUCGACGACGGGCGGUGGGAGCUCUCCGAGAGGCUACGCAGCGGGAUACCAGCGGCACCGAUUCGUGAGGCUCGCGGGGAAUACGUCGGACGCGCCGCACGAGGUCACGUUUGCCGAUGAUCAAGGUGAAUGGAGAACGGUCGAAGUGCCGACGAGGGAGCUCAAUAGCGAACUCAUGGACGCGGCCUUCACCACCCUCACGACUGGGGUCGCAUAUCCGGGCGGGGCGGACGCGCUGCGCGAGGACCACCGCUUCGCUGAGCGUGUGCCUCUCGGCGCUCACUGGGCGCACAAAUAUCUCGUCGACCUUGACGGCCAAGGCUACAGCGCCAGGUUCUUCGCAUUUCUCGAGAGCGGCAGCGUGCCCGUGAAAGCCACGGUUUACAAUGAAUUCUUCCAUGAUUGGAUUGAACCUUGGGUGCACUUCAUCCCCUUGUCAACGAUAUAUGAUGAGAUAUACAAUAUCCAUGCCUUUUUCUCAGGACCACCGCGGGCGGCGAAUGCAACGGGAGGGGAGGACCAUGACGAGAUGCUGCACGACAUCGCUCAAGCAGGAAGAGAGUGGAAACACAGGAUGGGACGGAAGGUCGAUAUGGAAGUGUAUGUUUUCCGGCUCUGCCUGGAGUAUGCCAGGCUGUGGGCUGACGAUCGCGAGUCGAUGGAUUUUAUUUUGUAAACAAUAUUCAAGAGCGCACAUGAUAGAACGAUUCAACGACGACCGUAGUGGGUCACUAGCAGGUGUUUGGUGCAUAUCCAGCCGGACGAACCAGGGAUGGAGCCACAGCUGUGUCUACAUCAGCAGGUAAAUCGUAGCACAACAGUUCGUACAAUACCUAAUUUAUUCAUGCGACUUCGACACGCGCGCUUCGUGG